AUGAGUAGCGACAAUUACCGCGGUGACCCCAACGAUGGCGGCCCGCUGGAUUCCGACGACUGGACCUCCUACGUCCCGUAUUCGAUGCAUGAAGCUACUCGCGAGCGGGUCGAAGACGGAGAGGAAUAUGACCAGGAGUAUUAUGAUGAAAUUUUGAGGGAAGAAAUGGCAGAACAUGAGCGGCUUCAUGCGUCCGGCGAUGCCGAGGGACUCGAGUUGGAGGUUGUGUUGGAGCAGGUUCUGGUCGGUAAUGAGGAUGAUGAGGAUGAAGAAGAUGAAGAAGAUGAAGAAGAUGAAGAAGAUGAAGAAGAAGAAGAAGAAGAUGAUGAUGAUAAUCAAGCUACUGCCGAGGAGAGGGAGGGGGGUCAGCUACUGAGGAGAAUUGUGAGACUUGUUGGGAAUGGUGCCUCGGGGGCAGUUGGGUUGAGCCAGCGACAGAUUCUUGCUUUGCUGAGAGGGCAUGAUCUUACGGACUUGAUUUUUGAUGAUGCCGAGGUUGAUGAGAUGAUGUAUCAGCGGCGGACCAACAGACAAGACCCGGAUAGGUUUCCCAAGGUACCGAGUGAGGAGGGGAGGAAACUGAUGGAGUCGGGGGCGUUUGGGUCGUUUGAUAUCCGUGAUCGGAGGUAUAAGGAUAUCUCGAGGAGGAUUCUCGAUCGAGAGCUAGGUCUGGGCGGCAAGGCUGAGCAGCUGAGGAAUCGAGGAAUGAUGCUGCAACAGAUGAUACCGGUAUCCAAGCCAGAGAUGAUUAUCCAUUACGACGAUCCCGUUUGUUGCGGCCAGUUCUCCGACGAUGGCAACUUCUUUUACACCUGCAACAAAGACUUUAAAGUACGGUUAUACGAUACCUCGAAUGUUUACGACUGGAAGUACUACAAAACGUUCGACUACCCGUUUGGUCAAUGGACGAUGACCGAUGCCGACCUCAGCCCUGAUAACCGCUGGCUGGCGUUUACGUCGUUGCAGCCUGAAGUUGCGAUUGCUCCCACCGACCCGAAGGAUACCGGCGAUUCAUACACACUUAACUUUGCCGGAGGGCACAGUCAGCCUGGGUAUGGUGGGAGCUUUGCUAUCUUCUCCGUGAGGUUCUCGGGCGAUGGGCGUCAGCUUGUCGCGGGCACGAAUACCGACUCCGUGGUAGUGUAUGACAUCGAAACACGCACAACAUUACAUCACGUUCAUGGGCAUAACGACGAUGUGAACGCCGUUUGCUUUGCCGACAAGAACUCGCCUCACAUCCUGUACUCCGGCUCAGAUGACUGUACGAUUAAAGUAUGGGACACCCGUUCCAUUGGCGACGGCCGCCCAGCCGGGGCCUUUGUAGGACACACCGAAGGCCUUACCUAUAUCGACUCCAAGCAGGAUGGUCGUUACAUCCUUUCCAAUGGUAAAGACCAGUCGAUGAAACUGUGGGACUUGCGCAAAGCAAUGUCUACCUCCACCUUCCUUUCAACAAACCCAACGGCCAUCACUCAAUCUCCAGAUUAUCAGUUCGACUACCGCUGGCAAGAAUAUGACGACUCACGAUGGUAUCAGCACCCCCACGACAACUCAGUCGUGACUUUCCGUGGACACAAGGUUCAGAGGACACUCAUCAGAUGCCACUUUUCGCCACCCAACAGCACAGAUAGUCGAUACGUCUACUCUGGAAGUGCAGAUGGGCAUGUAUACAUUUGGAACAUGGACGCCACACUCGCGAAGACCAUUGACGUUCAAAAAGCCACAGAGCCAGCCACUGGAAGCAACACGAGACUCAGGAUGAGGCGGUAUAGAUUGCAUAGCUUCGAGAAUGACUGGAGUACUAUUGUGAGAGAUGUGGGAUGGCAUCCGAAUGCGCCGGUACUGGUCGCUAGUUCGUGGAACGGCUCGGCGAAUGAUACGGGAACGGCAAGCGUGCAUGGGUACAACGAGGCUGACGAUGAUGAUGGGGAGGAGAGUGAGGAUGAGGGGAUGGCAAUGGGGAGAGUGGUGGAUGAAAAGUUAAAUGCCCCGCGGGUGGCUACUGGAGGUUGGAGGCAGAGAUAUGAUAUGUAA